CAGGAUCUGUUUUCACCCUAAAAGUUCAAGUAAAUGACAUCAUCAGCCAUCAGUACCUGCGCCAGGCGGUGGUCGAGGUGUUUGUUAACUACACCCUGACAAAUUCCACUCUCACUGGGAACAAUGGAGCAGUGUUGAUAAAAGUCCCCUACAAACUGGGAUUAAGCUUAACUAUUGUCUCAUACAAGGAUGGCUACCUGCUGACACCUUUGCCUUGGAAGACUGCAAGGAUGCCAAUCUACUCAUCCGUGACACUCUCAUUAUUCCCACAAAGUCAAGCUAAUAUAUGGCUGUUUGAAGAUACUGUCUUAAUUACUGGAAAACUGUCUGAUGCCAAAUCCCAACCGAGUGUUCAGUUUCCAAAAUCUUUAAUGAAGCUUCCAUCAAAUCACAUUGCAAAUGUUACAGCCUAUCUGACAGUGCCAGAGCAAUUUUUGAAAGUGGACAGCUUUCUCUAUACAACAGGAAUUAUUCUAAAUAAAUCAGGUUUCAAAAGCAUGGAAUUAACUCCUCUUACUGCCGUAUGUGUAAAUGUUCUGUUGGCUGGGAAAGAAGUGAACAUAAAGGGUCCCAUUCAGGUUACCCUUCCUCUUCCCACAACUGCUGUAAAAUCAGGAGAUGCUGUACCUGCCUGGACAUUUGAUAUGAAAAUUGGUGCUUGGGUGAACCGUGGGCUGGGAGUGGUGAAGGAGGUGGAUGGCCAGUCCGUGUGGACAUACACUGCUCAGCACUUGGGCUACUGGAUUGCAGCUCCACUGCCUGGAGCAAGAGAAUCCAUUAUUAGUGCUGUUUCCAAGGACAUAACAGCCUAUCAUACCGUGUUCCUUACGGCCAUACUGGGAGGAACUGUUGUCAUUAUCAUUGGAUUUUUUGCUGUUCUUCUUUGUUACUGCAGAGAUAAAUGCCAUCGGACACAGAAGAAGGAAAAAAACUCAACCAAGCUGGAGGUGAUAAAGAAGGACCAGACAACAUCAACAACUCACAUAAAUCACAUCAGUGCUGUCAAAGGGACUUUAAAGCUGGAGGAUAAGUCACAGUUAUAUACACCGAAGAUUUCUUCAUAUAGCCCUCAAAGGAGGCUGUCCAUGGACACAGAAGAUGGAAAAUCACAGGACAAUUUUAAAAUCUACUCAGAGGAUGCUUCUUAUCAAUCCUCCUGUCAGACUGGUCAGGCAGGAAAUUCAGCCCAUUCAGUGGAGCCCAGUGCUGGAGUGAGGCUUUUACAGCAGCCAAAGCACAGUAACAGUACUAUUUCCCAGGCUCCUAGGGACAUUCCAGACCAAAACAGGUACCUUUCACUGAAAGAGGAGAUGUAUGGGCUUUCUCAUAUCCCAGAACAUCUAAUGCAUAUUUACAAUCAGCCUAUUGCUAUUCUUCAAACCUCAGACCUUUUCCACUCCCCAGAACAACUGCAUCCCGCUAAAUCAGCAACUUUGCCAAGGAAAGGGCAGCUGGUGUACGGCCCCAUGUUGGAACCCAUGACUCGAGACAAUUACAUGCAAACACUCCCCAAAAUGCCAGUGCACUCUCAUCCCCAGCCUUCUGCCUGCAGAGAUGAGAGCAGCGCCCUGGAUGGUGAAGAGGGCUUGCCUUCCCAAGCAUCCAACUGGGGCAGGUACACCAACAGCUUGCUGGAAUCUGUCUCUGUUCCUGGGACCCUGAAUGAAGCCGUGGUAAUGACUCCCUUUUCAUCUGAACUUCAAGGGAUUUCAGAGCAAACACUGCUGGAGCUCUCUAAAGGAAAACCAUCUCCGCAUCCUCGAGCGUGGUUUGUGUCCUUGGAUGGAAAGCCAAUUGCUCAAGUGAGGCAUUCUUUCAUAGAUCUGAAAAAGGGCAAAAAAACUGAGAGUAAUGAUACCAGUCUUGACUCUGGUGUGGACAUGAAUGAGCAUCAUCCUAGCAGGAAACUGGAGAGAGAGAAAACUUUCAUUAAAAGCAUGCCGCAUUCCAAGAUUCUUUACUUGGAAGAUCUGGAUCUGAGUUGCAGUGAAAGUGGGACCACUGUUUGCACUCCAGAGGACCAGGCUGUGAGACACAUCAUGGAAGGAGGGAACGGGCCCGUCCUAGAACAACAUAAUGAGGAAGGUCUAAGGAAAAAAUCUCUGCCAGGAAGUCAUGAAUCUGGUAUCCCUUCUGCUAAAAAAAGGGAUAGACCACCUCUCAUGAAAAGAGAUAGCAAAACCAAUAUCUGGAAGAAAAGAGAGGAGAGGCCGCUUAUUCCUAUAAAUUAAAACACAAAAACCACAAUGUGCUUUGUGCUGUUGCUCUCCCUGCUGGUUGUUGAUCUCUUGCCUGCUUCUGUAAUUCUGCAGUGUUGGGUUUACAAGGGAAAUGUUGUUUUCUAGUAUCAAGAAAAGUUUCAUUUUUUUAACAUAAAGAUUGAGUUACCAAACUUCAGCUGGGCAGCUGAUAUUCCAUGUGAAUUGAAAACAGGGGAAUGCUACUAUUAAACUUUUCCAGUUCCUAAUUUUACUGGCAGUAUGAGGAAGGCCCACAUUUUACUUAGCCUGUCAUUCUUGGACACACCUUUGGGAAUGCACAGUGAGAAAUGUAGGCACAUGGUUUAAUUUUUUUGUACUUGUUGCUAAUGCAAUGGUAGCCUAGUUAAAGCCAUUCCUAGCCUUGUUCCUAACCAACAUGACCAUCUGUACAGUAUUUUAUAUGUGAACUUUUCUAGCUGUCUGUUACUACUCCUUUGUACAAUGUGAAACGUUUCAUCCCUUGGUCCCACGACACCAGCAGAUGAGCUGUGCUGGAUUUAUCAGCAGAGCUCUACAGCAUUACUGCCCUCCCUGUGUGCCCAUCCAUGUGCAAUUCCAUACAACACUGGGGGAAGUGUACAAGUGUGGCCCCUGCAGUUCAUGGUCCCCACUACCUUAAGGUGUUGCCCAUCUGCUUUGUUAAGAUGUGCUUUGUUAUGGCCUGUGGGUGUUCAUGGGCUCUGAAGGGUCCAUGUCCAGCAGAAAAGGACUGGUUCUGGUAGCAUUUGGAGCUGCAGCUACUCCUGAUCCCAGUGUCUUGUUUUGGCUUCUUUGGCAGUGAACAUCUUCUCUUCUCUAUGCUGUUGGGCCAGCUGUGCUCCAGAACAUAGCCUUGAAUCUCUGCCUAUUUAUAAGUGAGGGUUUGGCCCAUGAUGAAGUGUGCAGGAUUAGACAAAUUAUGCCUUGGAAAGAGGUUCUUGAGCAGGAAAGCUUGGCACUGUUGCUUUUUAUUUUAUGUUUAAAACAAUGGGAGAUCAUUUGAGGUUUAUGUGCCUACAUUUUGCCAGCCUGAGCUGCUUUUGUCUAGGUUUGCAGAGGAGUUAAACAGGCUUUAAAAGCUGGGGGGGAGGGUUAUGAGCAUGAGACAGCAGAUUGCAAAAAUUUGGUCUGUAAUGCAAUAUAAAUACUAUUUAUGACUCAUCUUAGAGUUAAAUUUACCAAAAGUCAUGAAUGCAUGAAUUGUAACUAAGAUAUGUAUAGAGGAAGGAAAGGCCAUCAGAAUAUUCUUUAAUUUUAAUGUUCAUCUUGUCAAAGUGAUCAUUUCAACUUUGGCUAACAGAAAAAUGGAUGCAUCUCUUAAUGUGCUUCAUAUAGUGAACAGAAUGUAUUUCUGUGGCUUUGAGGCUGUUUCCCUGGUGAAAUAAGUUCCAGCAUUUUGGCUUUGGCAGUUUCAUUAUAAAUCACCCUAAAAAAGGCUUUAUAAAUAUUUCCCUUAGAGCUUGGUUAAGGGUCUGUACGAAGACCCAAACAUACAAUGCCUAUUUUUGAAUUGUGAGGUGAGUGGUGCUUGGUUGUCUGCCCUGUAGUGCACUCAAGAGUUGGGAGGUAUCCUAUGCAGCUGGGCUUCUGGGAAUAUUUACUCAGGAAAUAUUACUGUGAAAUAUGUCUGUGGUGUUGGGAUUGUCAGUUGUCUGUUGCUGUUUCUAAAAGAAUAUGGAAGAUAACCAGGAUGGUACCAGCAAUGCAUCAGUCCAAAGUGAGCAUUUGCUCCUGGAACAAAAUGUUCCUAUUGAAUUCACAAGUAUGAAAGUGCAAAUUAAAUUAGAGAUAGGUGUGUGUGUGUGUGGUGGGUUAACCUUGGCUGGAUGCCAGGUGCCCAUCAAGCUGCUCUAUUGCUCCCUGUUCCCAGCUGGGCAGGGGAGAGAAAAUAAGAUGGAAAACAACUCCUGGAUUGAGAUAAAGCAGUUUACUAAGGAAAAAGCAAAUUUGGUGUGUGCAUAAAGAGAAAAAAAAAUAGGUUUGUUCUCUACUUCUCAUCAACAAGCAAUGUGUGGCUGCUUCUUGGGAAGCAGGGCUUCAACACGUGUAGUGUUUGCUCCAGAAGGCAAACCUUGUAAAUAACAAAUACCCCCACUUCCUCCUCCUUUCCUUAGCUUUUAUAUCUGAGCUGGUGUCACAUGGUAUGGAAUAUCCCUUUGGUUAAUUUGGGUCAGCUGGCUUAGAUGUGGUUCUUGCCAGGAUCUUGCCCACCCCAGCCUGCUGGUUGGCAGGGAAUGUUGAGAGUCAGCACUGAUGCUGUGCCAGCCCUGCCCAGCAGUGGCCAAAACACUGGUGUGUUCUCAGCACCUUUCCAGCUCCCAGGGCAGAGCACAGUGCUGGGAAGGCUGCUAUGGGGAAUGAACUCAUCCUCAGCCACACCCAAUAUCCAAUGGGCAUCACCAUCACAGGCGGGAAUCUCAGCUCCUGUGCCUGGAGCACCUCCUCCUCCUCCUUUGGCACUGACCUUGGUGUCUGCAGACUUGUUCCUCUCACAUGUUCUCACCCUGCUCUUCUCUGGCCACAAUUACCUCUGCACAAUAACUCCUUUUCCUUCUCAAAUCUGUCACCACACAGGUGUCACCAUCAUUUUUGACUGGCCCAGCCUUGGUCAGCAGCGGCUCUGUCCUGGAGCUGCUGGCAUUGGUUCUGCUGGACAUAGGGAAGCUUCUGGCGGCUUCUCAUCCCUGUAAACCUCCUCACCCCCCACUAACAAAACACAUGGUGAAGCAACUGUCCCCUGCUGCAGCAGGUAUCCUGGAAUUACCUGUGGGGAACUCACACUGGCGGCAGGCUGAGCCUGGAGGACUGCACCUUUUGGAAGAGUGAACCAUGUUGGAGCAAUUUAUGGAGAACUGUUGCCCUUGAGAAGGACUCAAACUGGAGAAGUUCAUGGAGAGCAGCCUCCUGUGGGAUAAACCCUGUGCUGGAGCAGGGGAAGGACUUCUGUCCUUGAGCAGUGGCAGAAACCAGAUGUGAUGGACUGACCCAUUCCUGUCCCAGAAACCACACGUGAUGGACUGACCCAUUCCUGUCUCCCUGUGUCACUGAUGGGAGGAAGUGGAGCUGGGAAAGAGAGAAGGGUGGGGAGAAGGUGUUUCUAAGAUUUAUUUCCCUUGUCAUUAUCCUGCUUUGGUUUUGUCAGUAAUAAAUUCAGUUAAUAUCCCCAAGGUGAGUGAGUCUGUUCUGCCCGUGACAGUAUUCAGUGAGUGAUCUCUGCCAGUCCUUAACUCAAUUCAGGAGCCUUUCGUUGGAUUUUCUCUCUUCUGUCCACUUUUGGUAAGAGUGGCUUUGGUGGGUGCCUGGCAUCUAGCCAGGGCCAAACCACUACAGUGUGUAAAUAAGUCUGUAAUUAAAUUGGCUUCAAGAAUCUAAAAGAGGUUUGAUUCAUCUAUUUCAGAUGUGAAGAUGGCUUGUCAUAUCAGCAUGCCUUUGGUUCUCUUUCUAGGUAACAGGAAUUUUGUUGUCCAAUACCAAAUACUUUUUCACUAAAACUUUUUGGUUUUUUUUAAUGUACAGUUGUGCUGGAUUUUUUAAUAUGACUUUCUAGGCCCAGAUACUGAUCAUUUCAUCCUUUGCUUUGUUGUAUACAUUAGUAGGAAUCAAAUUAUAUAUGCACAUUUCUUCUGAAAGAUGCCCUUGAGGUUCAAUAUUGCCCUGUUUGCAGAGUUGCAUUGGUUCUGAUGGCUCCCUUUUCAAAAAGAGAUUAUUAUGCAUUCUGUUGAACAUCAUAGAAAAUCCCUGACAAGCUAAUGGUUUUAAGGAAUUCAUAUCAAGUUCAUAUGUCUUUACUUGAAAUUUUGUUCACUUACAGUAAUAUUUCAGAUUUUUAAAAUGCAUUUUUCAUUGUAUAUACCAAAAAGACCUAAUUUCUCAAACUUACUUGUAUCAUCAAAAAAUAUACAGACUACUAUAAAUGGCUUUAUUUACAUGAGUUCAAAGGAAACAAGUUUGGCACUCCAUUGUUCUCAUUCUUUGACAGAGUGGGUGUCUGGUUGUUAAAGAAAAAGGAUUAGAAAUCCAACUCUAUAAAUUAUUAUGAUUCAAAUUCGUACAGAAUAAUUCUAAAUAUAUCAGUCUUCACAUUCCAACUGUAUUGUUGGAAUUUAUGCACUGGAAAAACCUGUAUUGCCUGCUAGAGAUUAGAAUUCUUUUUGGCUUUAGAUCAUUUAAAGAAGGAGUUUGACUAUGCUGAGCUCUAAAAAUUUUAAUUCCACAAAACAUUCUAUGUGAUGUGUAACAUGAGGAGAACACAGAAUGUCACACUGAAGUGUCACAAACUUACGGUUUUCUAUAUUUCUCUAUAUGAUUUCAACAUAUGAAUUUAUAGGAGUCUCUGAAUUUCUUAAGAUUUUUUUUUUCAGUUGGCUCUUUGUGGCAUUAACAGACUGUAAAAAUGCUGCUGCCAGAAUUAGGCCUAUACAAAAAUUAGCAAGGAUUUGUGGCACACAGCUCUUGGAAAGGCUGGGGAAACAUUCAGAGGUUUUUACUUCUUUGAAUCUGCAGGUUGCUUACCUUGAGAAUAAGAAGGGAGAAAUGCCUGUGAGGACACAGGAGAGGGGAAUGAAUAAGGAAAAUUGGAAAGGAUACAGCUUCUUUCUGAUGCUAGUUUGCAAACUGGUAUGUGUUUGUGCUUUGGUGGAAUCAAUUCUUUCUGAAGAGCAAAAAUGUUGGCAACAGUUAUGUCUCAGUUCUUCACAAGGCACUUCUUGAGCUGUCAGCUUUUGCAAGAAAAGCCCUUAUUUAUGUACAUAUAGUUUUAAGUGCAAGCUCAUUGACAGUAAUUUUUAGAUGGUUACCAAAUGCUAGAUAUUAUAGAUGAAAAAAAAAAAGGUGGGGGAAUAACUUAAAAAUCAGAUUUAAUUAAGAGAAAAAUAGUCCUUCUAGUGCAAUCAGAAAAUAGAGCUCUGGUAUUACAAACUUGAAAGUAAAAAUUAUGUGUAGAUUAGGGACUUUAUUUACCACCAUAAAUCUAGAGGUGACACAACAAAAAUAAUCCAGGAUGUAGGAAUGUUUAGUUGUCUCCUUUGUUUUUAUGCAGUGAUUUGUACCAAAGAGGAUGAAAUGGACUGGCACCAGUAUAGAUUCUUGUUAGUUAAAAAGUGACAAAGUUUCACAACACUACUGAUCAAACACUGUGCAAAUGAAAAGGCAGUGCACUACAUCUGUUGUCUAGUGCUUUACAUUAGGAAAAUCUGGAGAUAAAUGAGCCUGCUGAAGUGCCUUUCUCUUUCAUCAGACUUAUUUUAUCCGUGGGACACCUGACUAUCUGAAAGCACAUUGUGGUUUUAUUUUCUGUUAGCCAAACCCCCCCGAAUUCAUACAAUUAUGUAGCUUUUAUAAUAUUUUAAGAGGCAGAUCUAGUGCUUUUUAUGUUGGAAUACUGACUUCUGCAUGUUGAUGAUGAUGGUAGUUGUUGUAAAACCUAGUUUUGAUAUAUUAAGUUUGAAAAGAAAUUUAAAAAAAAAAUAUAUCUUUAGCAAUCUGAACAGUAGUGUCUUUUAAAAAUGCUCAUAUGGGAUCUGAUUCAACUUUGUGUGUCACGUGCAAGCAUCUUGAAGCCACUGGAUUUACAGGUAUGAAACUGACUGGGAUAUUAACAUAAAAAUGAAAUUAACAUAUGUUUAUAUAUAAACUAUUAGAACAAUAAAAGUCCUUUUUUAGCUGCUAACUUUGCUUGUCAGUAGCAGCAGAAAUUGUAUGGAGAUCAGUACGUAAUUCUUAUUUUCUAGAACCAAUUUUUAUCUCAAUUUGGAGCCUAACCUGCAUUGGUUUUUAAUAGCUUUUUAAUUUUUUUUUAAAUUCAGUGGUAUUAUGAAAACAUAGUACUAUGCCUACAGAGCUAAAGAUGAGCAUUCUUUUAUAGUAAUUUGUACUAAUUUGUGCCACACUUCUAACAGUAGGUAGCUACAUUUGUGUUAAAGAAUUUAUAUGAAAGGUGAUUUAAAUGACUUGAAUCUGAGCUUUGUUUCCUUUUAAAAGCAGUAUUCAUUGUGUUCUGAAAAAAAUAAAUAGCUUCAGGGUUUUUUUUUAAGACUGGUAGGGCAAAACUCUGUCAUUUUUUGUUUUGCUAGAACUCUCAGCCUGAAAACUGUUUUACCAAAUGAAUUUUUUCAGUCAGUUUUAGGACUUACUGAACAUUCCUAUAUUCCCCCUCCUCAAGACAUCCUGGUACUUUAUUCCCCAGGUAAUGGAUUUAGUUCCUUUGAAGCACUCGUUGCACUUCAGUCCACGUUAGAACAGUACUAUUUUUACAUGUCACUGUGUAGAAAGGCAGUUUUUAGUGCUCAUUGGAGCAUGUUACUCGUGCAAAGCCUGGCUCUGGGUGUUGCAAGGCAGGUGAACUCAUGGCCCUGACUGUGCUCACCACCUUGAAUUCUGGAGCCUCAUAUUCAACAAAUGCUUCAUGACCUCAGCAAUUAUUUUCAAAAUCUCUCUAGUAUGGAUAUUGUUUAUGUAAAACAUUCUUGAUAUUUGGCAUCCUGGUUUUAAGUAUUUCUACCUUUUUAUAUUUUGUCAGAGGUGUCUUUUCAUCUCUGUAUUUACUACAGUAUCAGUGUAUCUGUUGCUGAAAAUGUAACUAAGGUUUGUAAAAUGUUACAGCUUAUGCAAUAUAAUAAAAAUUUGAAAAAGUUA